AUGGAAAAAAAAUGGAUAUGGUGUCAUGAUAAGCUGUCAGAUGAAUACACAAAUGGUGUUAAAUCAUUUAUUGAAUUGGCUAAACAUCAUUUAGAUGAAGAUAAUAGGACUAGAUGUCCUUGUCGAUAUUGUCGGAAUGUGUAUUUCCAAGAUAUAAGUGUAGUUGAACGACAUUUAUGGGUGAAAGGAUUUUCACCAGAUUAUCACAAUUGGAUUUAUCAUGGAGAGGCAUUGAAUUUUCAAGGUAUUGAAAUGGGUUUUGAGGAAGAUGAUGAAGCUGUUGAACAUGAUAGGGAAGAAGAUGAUAAUGAUGAUAUGAUGGUAGCAUUGCAAGAUGCUGCAAGUGACAUGGAUAUUGAUGUAGAUGCAUAUGAAGGUCACAUUGGAGAUCAAGAUCAUAGAAAUAAAGAAUUUUCAGGAUUAUUUGUUGAAGUUGAAAGCAAGUUAUAUCCAGGGUGUACAAAGUUCUCUGCAUUGACCUUUUUGGUCAGGUUAAUGCAUAUAAAAGCUUUAAACCAUUGGAGUAACAAGUCAUUUAGUAUGUUGCUUGAACUUCUCAAGGAAGCACUUCCAGAGGGUACUAAAUUGCCAAAGUCUUACUACAAGGCAAAAUGUACACUUCAUGCACUUGGAUUAGGAUAUGAAACGAUUCAUGCUUGUAAAUGGGAUUGUGCAUUGUUUUGGAAAGAAUCAGCUGAAUUGGAUAAAUGUCCAAUAUGUGCUGAACCGAGAUACAAAUUUCAAAGUACUGAGGGGAAAAGGAUCCCUCAAAAGGUGCUUCGAUAUUUUCCUAUCACUCCAAGAUUGCAAAGAUUAUUCACAUCUCGCCAUACCGCUAUUGAUAUGAGAUGGCCCAAAGAGAAGCGUCCUAACACAAAUGGAGUAUUGAGGCAUCCAGCAUAUGGAGAAGCAUGGAAGCACUUUGAUGAACAAUAUCCGAUAUUUGCUAUGGAUCCUCGUAAUGUCCGGCUAGGUGCUACCACUGAUGGAUUUAAUCCUUUUAGUAACAUGAGUACUUCGUAUAGCAUGUGGCCAGUGAUGUUAGUGCCUUAUAACCUGCCACCUUGGAAGUGCAUGAAAGAGACUUUUUCGAUGAUGUCACUAUUAAUACCAGGCCCAACGACACCUGGAAAAGACAUUGAUGUGUACUUACGGCCUAUGAUUGAUGAAUUGAAAGAUCUAUGGACAAAUGGUGUCACCACUUAUGACAUCUCUAAAAAGGAGAGGUUUACAAUGCAUGUAGCAGUGUUGUGGACAAUACAUGACUUUCCAGCAUAUGGAACACUUUCUAGAUGGAGUAUCAAAGGAUACAAAGCAUGUCCAACUUGUAAUGAAGAUACUUCUUCCCAAGCUUUAAAAAGUAAGAUUUGUUACAUGGGACAUCGUCGAUAUUUAUCCAUAAAUCAUGCAUGGAGAAAUAAUCGACAAUAUGAUGGAAAGCCUGAACGAAGGUUAGCUCCAAGGCAGUUUUUAGGAGCUGAAAUAUUACAACAGUUAGAUAGGACAAUUGACAGCAGACCGGGGAAACAUCCUAACAAUGUGGAUAAAAAGAGAAAACGUGCUGCCUGUUUGAAAACUCAUGAUAGUCAUGUUCUUUUGCAACAACUUUUUCCUGUGGGUAUAAGACCUUACAUUAAGAAAGAGGUUUGUGGAACAAUUAUUGAAAUGUGCAUGUUCUUCCAAAAACUUUGUGCACGAACUCUAUCUGUUUCAGACUUGGAUAUGUUACAAGAGGGGAUAAUACUUACAUUGUGUAAAUUGGAAAGAAUAUUCCCUCCAGCCUUUUUUGAUAUCAUGGUUCAUCUAGCAGUUCACCUACCAUAUGAGGCAAAAAUGGCAGGACCAAUACAUACUCGUUGGAUGUAUCCUUUUGAAAGGUAA